CUGGAGGGCUGCGUCGCGCUGCGGGACGCCGCCGCCUGCGAGCGGGCCGGCCGCCUCGACCAGGCCGCGCGGCACUUCCGCCGGGCCUACCGGCUCUGGCCCGAGCUGGACUCCGCGAUGCACUCGGACGGCGUGCCGGCUGCCCUGCGGAGGGAGGCGGACGCGCUGGCGAGGCCCCUGGAUGAGGAGGAGGAGUGGCGCCUCGCGCGGGCGUGCUGGCCAGCCCUGCAGGGCCUGGGCCUCGCUGACGGGGAGCUCGCGGCGGUCUCCAGCCGCUGCCUCCAGAGGCUCUGGACCGGCCUCGGCUACGUGGUGCGCCUCUCGCUCUCGGGCACCGAGGGCUCGGAGUGCAGCGCGAUCGCGAAGGUGGUGCGGCUGCCCGACGAGGCCGAGGACUGGCACAGGCGCGACCUCGACUCGUACGGCGUCGAGGCGGCCUUCUACGAGCGGGGGCUCGCCCAGCGGCUUCAGCUCACGGGGGCCGCGUGCCCCACGGGCCUCCACGUGGAGCGAGGCGACGGAGGGCGCCUCACGAUCUGCAUGACCGAGGCCCCCGGCACGCACGCGCGGAGGCUCAGCCGCGCGCAGGCGCUGGCCGCCCUCUCCUGGCUGGCGCGCCUGCACGCCUCGUGCUGGGGCCCCGCGGCCGCGGCCGCGGCCGUGGCCGCCGGGCUGCACGCGCAGGGCUGCUACUGGCGCCUGGGCCGGCCGGGAGACGACCCCGGCGGCCGCGAGGCCCCGGAGCCCGCGGGCCUCAGGAGCCGCCUGCGGCUGGCGUCCCCCGGGCUCGACGCCCGGCUUAGGGCGGACCACCUACAUACCGUGUGCCACGGCGACGCCAAGGGGGCGAACAUGCUCUUCGACGAGGGCGGCGGCGUGGCCUUCGUGGACUUCCAGUGGGCCUGCCAGGCCUCGGCGGCCAAGGACCUCGCCUACUGCCUGACGUGCGGCUACCCGGAGGACCUGGAGGACGGCGAGGAGGAGUACCUGGGGCACUACCACCGGGAGCUGGCGGCCCUGUUGCGCGCCGACGCGGUCCGGCCCGGCCUGCAGCAGGUGCGGGACUCGUACCAGCUGGCGUGUUGCGACCUCGCGCGCUUCCAGUGCACCGCCGGGUGGUGGGGCAACGCCCAGGCGCUCCGGGCGCGCGCGGCGGCGGUGCUGGACCGCGUCGACGGCGGCAGCCCGCUGCCCUCGGAGGAGGCAUACCGCGACGCCAUAUUCGGCGCCUUCCCGGUCUGA